AUGCGACCUGAUUCAGGUGCUCACAGGCGCCCUCUGGAGGCUGUGGGGGGAGCUGAUGAGGACUGUUGGGAGGAGCUGGGGACACCAGGGCAGAAGCAACUGCUGAUGCAGAUAGAUGACAAGAGGCUGGAUUCUGGUGGCAGUAAAGGGGUGACAGAUUCUGAAGGCGGGGGCUUGCUGAUAGGUGUCCCACCCUGCCCAGCCAACAUCUCAGGGGCUGCUGACCGGAAACUGAAUAGCUUCCAGGAAGGCUUCCUGUAGCCCCUGCUCGUGGUCGAGUUCCUGGUGGCCGUGGCCUUCUGCUUCAGCACAGGGGAGUAGCGCCCAUGGCACCCGCUGGCAGUCAGCAACCUGCUCUAUGCGAGGCUGUCCCCACUGGCCUCCUACUUGGAACCAUCCAAACAGUGGCACUAUGGGGAGGCCACAUGCUACCUGGAGCGCUCUCUUUGCAACAUGCUGGGAGGUAUCAUCUUCAUCACCUGCAUCAGCAUCGACCGCUACCUGGGAAUUGUCCACCCCUUCUUCACACGCGGCCACCUGCGACCCAAGCAUGCCUUGGCCAUCAGCGCCGCUGGCUGGGUGCUAGCAGCCCUGUUGGCUGCACCCACACUCAGCUUCUCCCACCUGACAGUGCCACAGCAGGAAGACAACUGCACUGAGAAAAUGCCUCAGGCUUGCAUCAAGUGCCUGGGGACAGCAGGUGACAACCAGCUCAACGCGUACAAAGCGUACAGCCUGCCGCUGCUGCUCACCUUGGUGACCUACAGCGCCCUCAGGUGGGCCGUGCUGCAUAGCCACGGCUUGACAGCGGCCCAGAAAAUGCAACUGGCAGUGCUGGUUGCCAGUGGUGUGGCUCUCUACGCUUGCUCCUAUGUGCCCUACUAUGUCACACUGGUGCUCAACUAGUCUGCCCAGCUGCGCUCGAGAGCCCACUGCCCAGAAUUUGCAGACGCGGCUCAGGCCGUGGAGGCGCUGGACUUGGGGUCCUACGUGGGCCACCAGGACGCGGGCCUCAUGCCCCUGGCCAUCUGCAUCCACCUGCUGCUCUACAUGGCUGUAGUACCCAGCUCGGGCUGCUGCCACCUAUGCUGUCUCGGCUGCAGGGAGGGACAGACCCCAGAGAACACUGAGAGCUCUGGCCAAACUCUGCCCCUCUAUGUCACAACCACCUGA